GGUCACAUGGUUUUGUUUACUACGAAGAAGCGUGUGUAUGUUAACUGAGCUAGCAGCCAUACACCUAUGUCGCCACAAAACAUAUAUAUGUAUACAGGCUUUAAAAUAAUUCGACAAACACAGGUUUUAAAAGGCAGUUAGGUAUAUUAUAUUGCGCUUUCUGUCAGGCUAACGUUAAUAGCGUCUCAGUCUCGGCUUUGGUGAGCUAGCGGUAGCUAAGAUAGCUAUCAACACAUGAACUAGCUUCUGUAGUAAUAGAAUAAGUUACCCAAAUGUUUAGGGUUAUUUUGCGGUUUUAAAAAUAUAGCCAACAGUAGUAGCUAUGCGGUCUUUAAACUAUGUCCAGCGGGUUAGCUUGGAUUUCACAGGAACUCUGUUUCCUCAUGCGAUCUGUCUGGGCGAUGCGGACAACGACUCGUUGAACGAGCUGGUCGUAGGAGACACCAGUGGAAAGCUUCUCGUGUAUAAGAACGAUGACUCCAAACCUUGGAUCACAAGGAUCUGUGUGGGCAUGCUGACCUGUGUUGCAGUUGGAGAUGUCUGCAACAAAGGAAAGAACUUGGUGGUAGCUGUGGGUGCAGAGGGCUGGUUUCACCUCUUUGACCUGACGGCCGCCACUGCAAGCAAAGCAGACUCAUCCAGUCAGCAUGAAUUCCUGUCCUCUGAUGACCAGAAGCCCUUCUUCACCCAACACAUUCCUGCCAACACCAAAGUCAUCCUUAUAAGUGAUAUCGAUGGCGACGGACGCUGUGAGCUGGUGGUGGGCUACACGGACCGGGUGGUGCGAGCUUUCCGAUGGGAGGAGCCGUCGGACAGCUCAGACCUGGGAUCUGGUCAGCUGAUUCUGCUGAAGAAAUGGCUACUCGAGGGGCAGGUGGACAGUUUGUCAGUGAAUCCGGGUCCGGAGGGUUUACCAGAGCUGAUGGUGUCCCAGCCCGGCUGCGGCUACGCUAUCCUGCUGUGUUCCUGGACACAGCAGGACUCCUCUGGCUCUGGAGAAGACGCCCCUGCCACCCCUGGGAGUGAGGGGCCUUCGAGAGACGUAGUUCUCCAUCUGACCACUGGCCGGAUACACAACAAGAAUGUUUCCACUCAUCUCAUUGGCAGCAUAAGCAAAGGUUCCAAAGAGGAAUCUUCUAAAUGUGGGCUCUUCGCUCUCUGCACUUUGGAUGGUACCCUGAAGUUGAUGGACAGCUCAGAGCAGCUGUUGUGGUCAGUCCAGGUGGAUCAUCAGCUCUUUGCCCUGCAGAAGCUCGACGUCACUGGCGACGGCAGAGAGGAGGUGGUAGCGUGCGCCUGGGAUGGUCAAACCUACAUUAUCGACCACAACCGGACAGUAGUGCGGUUCCAGUUUGAUGAGAACGUCAACGCUUUCUGUGCGGGUCAGUAUACCUGUAAGGAGGGUAAAAACAGCCCCUGCCUUGUGUAUGUGAGCUUCAAUAACAAAAUCCACAUCUACUGGAAGGUGGAGCUGGAGCGCAUGGAGUCCACUAACCUGCUGCGGGUCCUGGAGGAGAAACCUGAGUUUAAAAACCGCCUGAAGUUGCUUGGAGUCGAUGCUGAGGACCCGGCAGCAGUGAGAGCGCUGGUGGCAGAUCUUCUCUAUAAGGAUUCACAUACGUAGCACAGUGACACAACGGCACCAAUGCCGUCUCUGUUUUCCUCUCUGACUGUAAAUACUCUGUUAAUAAACACAGACUGUC